AUGCUUACAAACCCUAAGAUACAAAGGGUCGGGUCCCUCAUCUCCUUCUUCACUGACCACUGGAAAGUGUCUACUAAGCCCGUUGGUGCAGAUCUAGGCCAGGGACAGUUCCAAUUCCAAUUCGCUAAUGAGAAAGACCUCCAACAGGUCUUAGACGAUAGGCCUUAUCACUUCGCCUACUGGAUGCUAAUCCUCCAACAAGAGACACUCCGAAGCAUAGCCAAUUAUAUAGGCCACUAUGAAUCAAUGGAGAUCACUGCAACUACGGCAAGGAUGAAAGUACAUAUCGAUGGCCUACAACCUCUGAUCACAUCUUCAAUGGUGGAAUUCGAAACUGGAGAAGAAGUGGAGGCCACACUAAUAUACGAGAAACUGGAAAAACAUUGCAUUAAGUGCAUGUCUCUGCUCCAUGAUGCAAAAGACUGCCCCACCUUCAAAUCAGAGGAGUUAAGAGAAGAAGCGGCACCCUCAAACCCUCCGAGAUAUCCCCCAAGACAUCGGGAUCAUAGGGGUUUCGAACCUAUCCGAUAUCGGACUUCACAAGACCAAACAGGGAGCAUAAGAGAGCUAGAUCAAGGUUUCCGCAGUUCAUCACCCCGCCAAGCUAACCAAGCUGAGCUGUCUAAAGAAAGAUCUGGGUCGCAGAACUCGAACCGAGGCUACAACUAUAUACCCAGAUCAAGAGAAUUCAGCAACCCUGAUAGCUCUGCUCUAAGACAUUCUGAUUUGAGAAACUCACUAGAUGCAUCCAGAUCCCAAUUCUCGGCCCAAUCCCGUCGCUAUGAACGAUAUGAGGAGAGAAGACAGCCACCACCCCAAUCAAAAUGGGUCGAAAAAGAGAAAGUGGAUACAGAAAUCAGAGAGAGAUUAUCUGGAGAUCUUCACUCUGCUAUUUCUGGCAGCUCCCGUCAGAGAAGACCUCCUCUGGAUACACAAUCCCCUAGAAUUUCACCUGACCAACUCCCCCGAGAAGCUUUCAACGCUGCCUUGAACGAGGUUAGAGACGUUAUGCACCAAUACUCAUCCUGCGCUGACCCGUCAGAAAGUGCAGCCAGAAAGGAGAGACUGAGACAGGCAGAACAGAGAGGCCAAAUAGAAGAGACAGCAGCUCAAAUGGUGAGAGCCUCAAUGGCAACCCAAACACAAGACACCCUACCGGUGGAAAACCCAGAAAGCCGAUCCGUAGAGCGAAUUCCGGCUACGCAAAGACUAGGACCAGCGGUCUCACCUGAAAGAGUGAUAACUGAGGAAAACCACUUGCAAAAGUCAGCAGCGUCUAAGAGAAAGCCAGGAAGACCACCGGGAAGGAAAAAUGGAGAUAAGGCCAAGAAUAAUACCUUGAUCGGAGCGUCGUCGAGAAAAAGAAAAAUCCAGCAAACUGCUCUCUCUCCCAGAAAGAGGAAAGAUUCCGAUUUAUCCAGAAGAUCAAGAGCCUCACUUGAUUCCGAUUUUUAA